UGAAACAGAUGAUGACAAAAGGGAACAAUGAGGAUCAACAAUGAAAAAAUGCAGUGAUCACACGAGGCCCAUCGCCAUAUCUUCUGAAUCUGAAAGAACAAUCCAGAGUCCCUUCAAUCCUUCUCUUCCAAUUUCUAUUUCAUUACCCUAAACCCUUCUCUAAACCUACUUUCUUUUCAAAUUUUUCAACACUGACACAGUCCCACACAGACCCACAAAGAAAGAGAAAGAGAGAGUGACAGAUUUCCUAAUAAAUAGUGGCCGACCCUCUUUAGGGUUCAUCGAUUUUUGUCUUCAUUUCCACGUUCUCCCAGAUUCAUCGAUUCUGUUUUCACUCUGUUUUGAAGGCCUCGGAACACUCUACAAACUCGUUUACAUUACUGGGUCAAGCUAGUUGAGGCUUGAGAUUCAGUGAUUGUGGGAAAUGGGGAGGAUCCGGUGCUUCUUGGAUAUCAGUAUUGGAGGUGAUCUUGAGGGUAGAAUUGUGGUGGAGCUUUACGACGAUAUAGUGCCUAAAACAGCUGAGAAUUUCAGGGCUCUUUGCACUGGCGAGAAGGGCAUUGGUCCUCAUACCGGCGUUCCCCUUCAUUUCAAGGGGUCAUGUUUCCACCUUGUUAUAAAAGGAUUCAUGGUACAAGGUGGAGAUAUUUCUGCUGGAGAUGGUACUGGUGGAGAGUCUAUAUAUGGCAUGAAAUUCGAUGACGAAAAUUUUGAGGUGAAACAUGAAAGAAAAGGAAUGUUGUCUAUGGCUAAUUCUGGUCCCAACACAAAUGGGUCCCAAUUUUUUAUCACAACUACUCGAACUCCUCAUUUAGAUGGGAAACAUGUAGUGUUUGGGAAGGUUCUGAAAGGAAUGGGUGUUGUUCGUUCAAUUGAGCAUGCUACAACUGGUGACGAUAACUGCCCUACUGCCGAUGUUAUUAUUGUGGAUUGUGGAGAAAUUCCUGAGGGAGCAGAUGAUGGAAUUUCAAACUUUUUCAAUGAUGGGGAUACGUUUCCUGAUUGGCCAGCUGACCUGGAACAAAGCUCUGAUGAACUUGAAUGGUGGGUGAAUGCAGUUGAUUCUGUGAAGGUUUUUGGCAACGAGCAUUACAAGAAGCAAGACUACAAGAUGGCUCUCAGAAAGUAUAGGAAGGCUUUACGCUACCUUGAUAUCUGCUGGGAAAAAGAAGGAAUCGAUGAAGAGAAGAGUUCAUAUCUUAGAAAAACUAAAUCACAGAUAUUCACAAACAGUUCGGCUUGUAAAUUGAAGUUAGGGGAUCUAAAAGGAGCAUUGCUAGACACUGAUUUUGCAAUGCGUGACGGAGACAACAAUGUUAAGGCUUUGUUUCGCCAAGGUCAGGCAUACAUGGCUCUUAAUGACAUUGAUUCUGCUGUCGAAAGUUUCAAAAAGGCAUCAGAUUUGGAGCCAAAUGAUGCUGCCAUAAAGAAAGAGCUUGCUGCCGCGAGGAAAAAGAUUGCUGACAGACGUAAUCAAGAAAGAAAGGCAUAUAGCAAGAUGUUCCAGUAGCCCCUGAUUAUCUUCUUUGUUUUGUUUGUUUGUUUGUUUUUCCCAUCUUCAAUCAAGGUUUAUGGAGUAGAGAGCUAGAUCCAUACCCGACGAGUUUCACCCAUGCGAAAUCAAAUCGAUCGAUAUUUGAUUGACCGAUGGUUGGUACUGCAUUGGUGCUUUGAACUGGAAGAUGUUAAAAGUAAUGUACUAAGGCUGGAUGAAACUCUCCAUUCAAACAAUUUUGUCAACAAGAAAAACCAAUGAGAUUUAAAAAAAUACAUUAUUUGUUCUCUUAUUUUCCUCUUUUAAAGUUUCUAUGGCAUUCUGGACAGGUUUUUGGCUUUAAUGGUUAGGAUUUUAUAGGUUUUGC